AUGAACAUCGCGAUAAACUAUCGCCAUUGCCAUACAGAUUUUUCUGGGGAGAACAAGAAGUGUUAUUUUCUUUCUACUGAUCAUUUGAAUAGAGAUCGUUCUAGGAUUGAGAUUGCUCUACGACAAACUCGUCCCAACAUCCGCCGUGAAGUGGGAGCUAGAGGAAAGUGCUUUUCAGAAGAUGAGAUACGAUUUGUUCUGAAUCAGACGGACAUUGCUCAAGUACUCGCUUUUUCAGCACCCAAGCAGAACGAGAUUGUUACAAGAAGAGAAACUGUUGUAAUAUGCAACAUCCUGAUGUUUUCUAUUAAGGGAUGCCCUUACACGCCAAACUACAACGUUCUUGAAUAUACUCACGGAAAUCCUCACAUUUACAUUGGUGGUGAUAUGUUCGAUACACAAACGUCAGCCAAUGAUCCAAUAUUCUUCAUGCAUCACUCAUUUGUCGACUACAUUUGGGAAAUGUACAGACAAUCGAAACAGUCGCGUUCGGAGCGUGAACGCGCUUGGCCAGUCGACAACGAACUAUGUGAAAGUCAACAUCACUUCAGCAACACGCUCAUGCGACCAUUUCCUCCAAUGAGAAACUCUGACGGAUUGUCAAAUAUGUACACAGGUAGGCUACCCCUUUUAAAAGCUCAUAUUUGUGAAAUAAACAAUAUAACAUGUAUUCCUACUCUCCACGGCCGAGUUGUGCUAUGGGCAAUGAUUGCGGAUCAAAAUAACAUGUAUUCCUACUCUCCACGGCCGAGUUGUGCUAUGGGCAAUGAUUGCGGAUCAAAAUACCUCUAUUGUGAUAGAUCUCAUGGACAGCCGAGAUGUGCAUCAAAGAUCAAGCCUGGUGGCAGCUGCGCGGGGCUCAAUAAUGGCGAAGACGCCUGCUAUAACGGAAAGUGUGUCGGUGGUCGCUGUGCUGCAAUGGGUACACAGACAACUCCUCCUCCACCGAUCGUGCCUUCGAAGCCGGUCGUAGUUGUCCAGAGAUGGAUUAUUGCGAAACUGGCAAAAAAGACCAGAACUGGCCUACUUUCUGUCAGUUCCGUUGUCGUUAAGUGUUUGGAUCGUCAUUCCAAUUGUGCUUCAUGGGCGAAAUCUGGGGAGUGCACCAAAAACCCCCUUUGGAUGUCAGAGAACUGUCGAAAGGCGUGUGGUAAAUGUGGUAUUUCGAGAACUACUACAUGUAGCGGCGGUGGAAGCAAUAAUUUAGUCCAAACUACUCGAGCACCUGUACAACGACCUGCACCGAAUACUGGAACUACGAUGGCCAAUUGUAAUUCACCAAUGUGCUACAACGAGGAUAUUUGUUGCCCAUAUUGGGCUUAUGAGAGUUUCAGUUUUGAUGGAUCGAAUGAGUUUACAACCAUUGAGACAAAAUGUCCCCAUCUCAAAGAAGUUACAGUCAUUGAAUGCUUCUAUGCAAAUAAUAAUAGCAAAGGUCAGGUGAUUCAAGAGUACAAAUUUGAGUUUUUUCCUCUACGUUUGCGAAGUGGGUUGUGGGACGGUGGCCAAAUCAAAUAUAGUCUAUUUUUUUCCGAGACAGAAGGUGGUUGCGUAACAAAUCCUGACUUCAUGCUAUGCCAAUGCCGUGUCAGUUGUGAACAAUGUGUGCCGAACUAUCCCUAUGGA